UUUUCGCAUGUCUUUUGACCGUCGCUAUGUGAAGGCAACAAAGAAAAUGCUGUGGAAGGAAAAGAGUGACCAUAUUUUACAAGACUUCGAAGGACACUGUUCUCUGUCCAGCCAUUAUCGUCUACUUUCUGGCGAGAUUAAUAUAUUCAUAAGGAGCAGGCAAGGACUAGUCAAGGCCGGCCUCGGCUAUAACUGAAGACAUCACUUCCCAGUUGGAUGAAACAUGCUUCACCGCAGAUUCAAGACAGUCGCAGUGUAACUGUUCGCUAUGUUCAUGCGUGACAACACUUUGUCUGACUUAGGCAAUACCUGAGAAUAGUGCACUUACCUGAGAGAUUACGGGCAGCAUUAGACUGUUAAACCCUUGUUAUGGCAACAGACGUCAUACCAGGCACAUUAGUUGCCCGAGAAAUUGAUCAGAUGUUAAAGAAAUCAUCUGAUUACCAAGGUGCUAAGAAACAAGUGGACAAGUUGAUGUCCAAGUCCAAAGUGGACUAUGUUAAAUCAAAUUACCGAUUAACAAAGUUUCAAAAUAUUCCCGUACAAAAACUAGACCUGGGCCAGUAUAUGUCUGCUGAUGCGCGGCAAUGGAAAAGGAAAAGAAGGAGAAAAAAGAAGAAACAGACAGCAUCGGAAGAAGAGAGUCGACUGUUUGAAGCAGAAGUGAAGAAAGAGGAAACAGAGAAAUCUAAUUAUGUUCGGCCCUAUGACAAGUUUCGUCGGACAGCCAAGGCAGUGCAGAUGAUUAUUAACGUGUCUCAUGUUUGUCAAGAUCUCCUAGCAUACUACGUCCGUAACGAGUCCUGGUACGCCAUCUUAGACGAUUUGGAGGGCGAGGAGAGGAAGAAGCUGGGAAGUAAGACUGCCUUCAUCACCUACGUCAAUAACGAGGAGGGCACCGGCAGAGACAAGAUCGUCUUCGAUUUUGCCGAAUACAAAAAGGAUUUUAAGUCCGAUGACCUGAUCAGCGAAGAAAUUCGCGCAAUUCUGAACAAAAUGCCGGGAACGCGCACGGAAGAAGAAGCCAUGAUGGUGCUAAAAAUGAUGAAGAAACUUUCCGAUGGCUUCAACCUUUACCCGUUCGUGGUUCAAAAGAAAAUAUGCCAGUUUGCAUUUUUUGACAAGUAUUAUCGUGAUCGUGUCAUUAUCCGACGGGGAUUACCAUCGGACGGCCUCUAUUUUGUGCUUUCAGGAGCAGUCAUUGAAAAUGCUCCGAACUGGAAACAACACGUGCAUUUGAAAAGAGGGGAUAUAUUUGGGGAAAAAGACCUCGAAUGUGGUUGCGCAAGGCGAUCGGAUGCCAUCAUCAAAAGUACAAGUGCGGAGCUCCUCUUUCUCCAUAGAUUGGAUUAUAUGGAUAUUUUCAGCCAAUCUGAAGAUGCAGGGGACCCUAAAAUAUUAAAUAUCUGCAGAAAGGAAAUCGUAUUUCAACAUUUCCCUAUGGAAGUUCUGGAGAAAAACCCAGGGACGUGGGCGGUCCUGCACUACAAGUUUGGACGACUUAUUGUGAAAAACAGCAACGACAUUGAAUGGAUAUAUGUUGUAAAGGCGGGCGAGGCCCGCGUAAUCAAGCACUUGAGUGUCGGAAAAAUCAGUGUGAGCGCACGGAGGAAAAAAGUCCAAGCUAUGGUGGACGCAGACGAUCCUUUUGUUAAAACCAAACAGCUGCUAAACUUCGUAUCAGCAAGAGAUUACCUCAAGUCUCAGUAUCGUCUGGGCCAUUAUCACCCCAAAAAUCCAGAGGGAACGCCAAGAAUAGUCCUGCCAAAAUCAUCACCACCAAAGUCAGCUCCGCCUACACUCAAACUCAAAGGACAACUGACCACAGAGGUUCAGGUUGAAAAGAAGAAAACUAGUCAGAUGGUGCGCCCACAGACCAGUCCGUCGGUAGGUGGAGACGGGAAACAAGACAGUCUCCAUCCACCAAGACCCCAGACAAGUGCAUCCAUGAACGAACCUUCAGGAGACGAGACAAGCGAUGGGGAGUCCAAACCAAAAGCGUUUCUUCCAAAGUUGAAUAUCUUAAAUCUAAACAAUCAGGGAAGUUUUAUCAAACAGCUACGGCUUCAAAUAGAGAAAGAGAAACUUGAAGAAGAAGCUCAGGAGGAAGGCUUUGACCCCUCCCCACGUUCAUCUAUAGCUCCCAACAGCAGCCGCUCCAAAAAUGGCCGAAAACACAAGAGGAGGGUUUCUCUGAAACCUGACGAUGACGAUCAAAUAGCAGUUCCGCCGUUUGUUCAGAUCGAGACGCUUCAGGCAGGACAAGUGUUUGGUCUGAGAGGAAUCUUAGAACCGGACGAAAGGGGAGCUUCUGCAAGUUUGGUAAGCGCCGGCUGUGAUAUUCUCCAGAUCAACAAGAAAUUCUUUAUGAUGCACGUCGAUGACACGGUUCUUGGUCUUGUUAGGAUGAAGUAUAAACCAUUUCCAACUGAGGACGACCUGCUCGACCGCCUGGACAACAAUCUUCAAUGGGAAAAAUAUAAACAAGAGACUGUCAAGGAAUACGUUGAUAACAAAGCUGCCCAGCAGUCCUUGAGGUGAUGCAAGAGGUCCACAAGUCACGUUAAUCAUAAACCGAACUUGACGGGCACACUGCGUCUUUUUGUUGUGUUCUGCUACAUAACAGAAACCUGACCAGGCCAUAUUUCUCCAGCUGAAAUGGACUUCUUACCGGCAUAUCAUACUGUAGGUGAUAAAUGUAUCCAGAUUAAUAGAAUGCAGAAGAAACAGCGUUGUGCUACAUAUGAUGGCAUCAAUAAGAACAUACUGAUGCAUGUAUGUUGUGCUACAGUAGGUAACAAGUUUGAAACUAUCAAAAUGCAAACUUGUAACUAUACAACGCUGGUUUUUGUAGUUAUUACGGACGGAUAAAACUCAUGCCUCGUCAAAACGGAAUUCAUUGAACGUUUCAUUUUCAUUCAACAAUUUUUGUCUUUUAAAGAACUACUGGAUACAUGUACAAAGCUAAAAGUAUAUGAGGUUAGUUUAUAGCACUUUUCAACAAGCACGUACUCUUUUGUCUCAUUUGUACUAAUAGUCCUAUCUAUAAUAUUUAUGAUAUAUGUGUUUGUGCUUUUGUUUUUUGCAUCUUCAUAUCUGUGAUUAUUGAUAAUCAAUUUACAACCGUUUGACCUAAAUAAUGUAUUUGAUAUAUUUAUCGUGUAUUCUAAAACAUAAUAAAAAGUAGAAACUGAGGAAAGUAUGCCAAUAAAAUUUUUUAAUUAAAUAUAAAAUUAAGAGUGAGAAAGUUAUUUUUACAUAUUUAAUAUCAGAAGUUCGAAAGAUCUUCUUAAAAUGGGAAUAAAGUACAUUUAAUUACAUUUCGAAAGCAAGGUAAAUACAACUUUCACACAACCAUGUCAUGUUAUUUAAUUUCGAUAAAUGCAAUGAAUUAAAUAAUAUUUAAAGAUCUGAAUACAUAAUUAUUACAAAUAACAAAAAAGGAGUAAAACAUUUACCUCCAGGAAUGGUUAUUAAUGCAUUUAUGUGGCGUUCCAGUCACAUUGUCAAAAUAUUCAAAAUAUGGCAAUGAAGAAAUCCAUUCAAUUUUUCAUCCAAUAAUCCUGAAGGCCUAUACAAGGACCUAGU